AUUAGAGUUAAGUGAAAUUUAAAAUUGAUCUCAGGAAAGUGUUAUUUAAGAUAUUUUUUGUUUAACAUUUUUAUAGUUCCUUAUUAUACAAUUGUGUACAAAUGUUAUUCUCAUGGAGUAUUUUUAUUGUUAUUUUAAGUUGUAGCGUACAAUGUUGGUCUUAUACACUAUUUACAAAUUCCACUCAAGCUGGUGCUGGGUAUCUCCAUCGAGUUAUUCGACAAGCAAGCAAUUGUAAAGCAUCUGAAAGACAAUGUAAAUCAGGGGAAUGUUUAUCAAAACAUGUUUUUUGUGAUGGAGCAGUCGAUUGUGCAGACGGAUCUGACGAAACAGUUAGUAGCUGCGCUAAUAUACCAUGCCCUUCUUCCCUCUACUUCCAGUGUGCCUACGGUGCAUGUGUAUCAGGUGAUGCUAAAUGUGAUAAAAAUAAAGAUUGUGCAGAUAAUUCUGACGAAACUUUGCCAGAAUGUGGUUAUACUGGCCAAACAGUUCCAGUAAUAAAUUGCGGUAACAAGAAAUUUGCAUGCGACGAUCAAACAUGCAUUAGUAAAUAUGAAGUGUGCGAUGGUGAAAAAAAUUGUCCUGAUGGAUCAGAUGAAACAUUCGCACAAUGUAAAAAAGAUAAUAGCACAUGUUGGAGAGAUUAUUUUCAAUGUACAUAUGGAGCUUGUGUAGACGGAGAUGCUCCAUGUAAUGGAAAAAUAGAAUGUGCAGACGGUUCAGAUGAAUCAGAAGUGCUAUGUAAAAGUGUUCAACAACCUGGCGACGGUGAAGUAAAAACUGGUUGCAAAUUACCCCCAUUACCAAAUAAUGGUUACUAUACUGUUAAUAGAAAUUCAAACUUUAUACCUGGUACAAUUACGAGUGGAAUUACAGUAUUAGAUUUCUACUGCUAUCCAGAUUAUAAAUUAGAUAAAACUGCAGACGUAACAUGCAGUCCAAAUAAUAAAUGGAAUCGUGAAUUUCCAGAAUGCUUAAGAACAUGUCCACCACGUACAUCGUCUACAGUAGACAUAAAAUGUAGUAGAAAUGGAGCACCUGUUGAUUGUACAAAACCAGUUUUACACGGUACCAUUGCAGACAUUUCAUGCAAGCAAUUUUAUCAUUUUCCACCGUACAAUACUAUACCGUCUCCGUCUAAUCAUUUAAUAUGCGAGGAUGGUUCAUGGGAUCUAAGUUUAUCAACUUGUCUUCCAGUUUGUGGAAAAAAGAAUGCGAAAGGUAUACCAAAUAUUGUCGGAGGCAGCAACACUAUGGUUGGAGAAUAUCCUUGGCAUGUAGGCGUUUACCUCAAAAGAACUGUUCAAAAUAGAGUAGCGUACACUCAAGUUUGCGGCGGAUCGAUUGUUACCACAACAGCGGUUAUUUCAGCUGCUCAUUGUUUCGAAAACCGAGAUCCUAAGAACUAUGCAGUGGCAGCUGGGAAGUAUUAUAGAUCAUGGAAUGAUGCAAGAGAUUCACUUGCUCAACCGAGACAAGUUGCAAAACUUUUUAUUCCGGAUCAUUAUAAAGGGUUAUCACAUAACUAUGCAAAUGAUAUAGCACUAAUGAUUGUGGAUAAACCGUUUGAAUUUUCGAACGUUGUGAGUCCAGUUUGUGUUGAUUGGUCAGGCACUACUACUGAGAGAAAACUUUUACUAAACAAAGCCACGGGAUAUGUAGCCGGUUGGGGUCUAGUAGAGGAACUCGGUGAUAAUAGUAUAGAAUUGAAACAUAUUCAAUUGCAAUAUGUUCCGUAUGAAAGAUGCUACAACAAAUCUGUAGAAGAUUUUCGACCAAUUGUUGGUUUGGUUGACAAAUUUUGUGCCGGAAGAGAAGAUGGUCAAAAUGUCUGCGAAGGUGACAGCGGUGGUGGAUUGACAUUUCAAUUGGAAGAAUUAUUUUAUUUAAUGGGUAUUGUUAGUAUUGGACCUAGGUCCAAAACUGGGAGUUGUGACCCAUCGCAAUAUACAACAUUUACAAAAUUUUCACACCAUGCCCAAUGGGCUGAUAAUAUAACCAGCUUAAAUCGAAUAUUCACCUGAUGAAGAACGGGUAUUCGUAAAAAUGGUUUUAUUUUUAAAAAAAUAUGGAAAAGGAUUACUAUAAAGACUGUUUAUUAACAAAGAAUAAAUGUUCUAUUUCGAUUAGCCUAGCCUUUUUACCAAACAGCGUCGUUCACUAGCGGCCUAAAUAUAUUCAUUAAAACGCUAGGCAAGUGGCUUGGAUCGAAAGUGUUUAAUUAUUUGCCUGGCCGCGUCUUUAUAUACAAUAAUUUUAAGCUACUGAUACGAUAUAAGUUGCUCAUUUCAGGUUCUGUACAUCAGCCAGCCGGUUAAUUAAAUGUUGUAUUAAACGUUGCAGCUGAAUAUCAUUCAGGCUGCUAGUGGAACGGCGAUGUUUAGUAGGCUGUUAAUUGAACGGAUGAUUAAGUUGGCUGGGAUACACAUACAGAGAACAAAUACUUUUUGUUAAUAAUUUUAUACGCUUUUAUACAACGCCAUAUUUCAUACAUUUUACUGUAAUGAUAUAAUAAAUU